CAGCGCGGGGGGCGAUCCAGGCGAUCAUUCAGGUUAUUCAGUGCCCGCAUGUGUCCAUCCAACCCGCCCCUCGACUUUCGUGGACACCUCUUGAUCUCUCCAUCUCCAUCCUCAUCAUCUCUCUCCUCCUCUUCGCUACCAUUGCACUGGUACUCGCAUCCUCCGCUCCAAGCACAGAGGUCUCCCGCACCUCUCCCUCACGAUCCCCACACUCCUUCACAGAGCCACCAUGAUUUCGAAACUCGCCCUUGCCACCCUUCUCCCCGCUCUCGCGGCCGCCCUUCCCUGUGUCCAGUUCGAUGCCAGCCGCAACCUUUACGCUUUCGGCGGAGAGCAAGACGUCUCACUGGGUGCUAGCUCUGCUUGGUCUUCUCCCAGCCCAAAGCCCCUUUCAUCUGAAGGUCGCCCGCCAUGGAACGGCAACUACUCGCAGUGCCUCCUCUCCCAGAACUCGAACGCGAUGUAUGUGCUGGGCGCCGACAGCAGCGAUGCAUCAUGGAGCAAGCAGGUAACCACUGGCGCACCUGACGUCCUGCAGAACUCGCGCUCGGCGUCCAUUCUUGACCACAACACCAACGUUAUCUACACCGUCGGCCCCGCCAACAUGGUCUCGCUCGACUUCGGAGCUGUGACGAACACCGCUGCGGGUGCUUUGGCAUGGCAGGUUGUUGGGACGCCCCAGAUUGCCUCACAGAAUUACCGCGUGACCGCCGCUGCCGCCUCUAAUCACAUCAACUACUACGGCGUCCCGGGCACCCCUGCUGGUUCAACGAACAUGUUUGUCGUUCACUACAGCUACUGGCAGCCGCAACCUGCGGCAUACACCGCCGUCGGCGGGAGGAACUUUCCGGCUCAGUCUGGUCAGGCCGUAAGCCUCCUCACUCCCAACUCGACUCUGCCGCCGUACCAGAACCUGUUUGUGCCUGACGACUUCUCCGGCGCAUACAUUGUGACGCACUACACGGCCGAUUGGUCAUGGAACGACACUCGGUCCGCGCCCAUGGCCGUCAACCUCAUCAACUCGACCCAGGCGCUUCCAGCCCCGACCGCACAGGACAAGGAGGCGUCGUACGCCUGCUCCGACACCGACUGCGUCCAGAUUGACACCCAGGGCAACAUCUACUACAUCAAUGCCGUUGGCAAGGACUACACCAUCGCCCCGGGCGCCACAUGGCAGAAGUUGGACUACACUCUCAAGCCCUAUGUUGCGCCUACCACCUCCAGCGGGCCCAACGCCUUGAGCGCUCCCACCGGUACUGGCAAUGCUGCAGCCUCGAGCGGCGCCUCCCAGGCGAGUGCGACUCCAGCUGGCAACUCGGGAGCUCAGUCGACGCACCGCGGCGGCGUUCUUGGCGCUAUGCUCGCCGUCGCCGCUCUUGCGAUCGCCUCCAUUGCUUAGGCCUGUGGCGAUUAUCGAGGACAUCUCCUCGGACCAUAGAUAGCCGUAUUAUUAGUAACUUGUCCGCCAAUCCACUGGCCAUCUAUCCGUGAUAGCAUGCAUUUGUCUGUAAUUG